AUGACUUCACAAAAUUCCGAACAAGAUAAUGACAAAGAAACAAAACCAUUUAUAGAUAAUUAUAUCAAAGAUGUAAAUUCAUAUUUAGGAGAUUUUUUAAAAACGUCACAACCGAAGUAUGAUCCAAAUGAAACGUCAAUUACAGACCCAUUACCAAAGUCUUCAACUACUGUAAAAAACCAAGAAAAAACAACGAAAUCUAUUUCAUUAUCGGAAUUAUUAUCGUCACCAACUAUAAAUCCUGAAAUAUUUUCAAAUAAACCUUUUAAGGAUAAUAAUGCUAGCGAGUCUCCUAUAAAUGAUAAUUCUUUUUCUCGUCAACAAGAGGCAAAACAAUCUUUAGCACAAAAGCUUAAAAUAUCAGAAAUACGUACAGAUUAUUUUGACCAAAAAAAAGAAAUAUGGAAUGGUGCAUUGAUCAAUUGUUCAGAAUUACAUGUAAAGUUACAAGAAUGUAUGUCUUUUGGUGGAUUUUUUGAUAAAAUGAGUUUAUGUACGUCUUCAAGAAGAAAAUUUUGGAGCUGUUUGGAAGAUCAAAAAAAAUUCUUAACAGAUAAUGGAUAUGCUUCUCCAGGCAAAAAUGUAGCUGAAAAUGAGGAAAUUUUAUAUCAAGCUGAUUUGUACAAUCUUUCUAAACUCGAUCAGGAGGAAAAAUUAAAAUCAUAA